AUGAAGAAUGUCAAGAAGUUACAUUUUUCACUGCUUCUCGUAUUAGUGCAUGUUUGCUUUGCACAAGCAGACUACGCCCCAUUUUUCUACGAUAAUGGGCCCUACAGUAGCAACGGAAACCUGGCACUCUUCAGUCUGUCAGAGGAUACUCCUGUCGGCACACAGAUCUAUGCUCUCAAUGGCACCGACCCGGAAGGCCAGGAGGUGAGGUAUGGGUUGAGCUUUGAACCCGGUGCCAAAGAAUACUUCAGAGUGGAGCCCAAGUCUGGAAACAUAACUCUGGUGGAACAACUGGACAGAGAGAUUUUAGAUUCUAUUGAAGUUCUUGUCAGUAUCACAGAUGGCCGAAGUAAGGUUACUGAAAAGGUCACAGUGUUUGUCAUGGAUGCCAAUGAUGAACGACCAGUGUUCAAAAACCUGCCCUCCUUUUUGGAUGUUCCAGAGAACUCUGAAAGUGGGAGCAGUAUCUACAAAGUGCUGGCUGUGGAUCGGGAUACAGGCUCUGGAGGCUCGAUCACCUUCUAUCUACAGACUAAUGGUCAAUCCAGUAAAUUUGCCAUAGACCGACACAGUGGUGUGCUGAGGAUCAAGCCCGGGGAGACGCUGGACUAUGAGAGGUCGACAACACACUUCAUCACAGUGGUGGCCAAGGAUGGUGGUGGGAAUUACAACGGGAAAGAACAGGUGAUGUCAUCCUCUGCCACCUUGACAAUCAAUGUGAUUGACACCCAGGACACACCCCCUAGCUUUGUCGGGACACCAUAUUUCGGAUACGUUUAUGAAGUGUCCAUACCAGGUUCGGAAAUAUUCACAGUUUUCGCCAAAGAUGGAGACCUAGGAAUGCCCAAACCAAUCCAUUAUUCCCUCGAGAAUGGUACAGAUGGUGUUUUCAGCAUCAACAAAACAAGUGGUGUGAUUAGUCUGCUGACUUACCCUAUCUAUCUGAAGAGGGACAUUUUCAACAUGAAAGUCAAGGCCUCUGAGGUCAGCCCUGAGGGGAACCUUAUGGACUAUGGGGUCACCACGGUCGUUAUCCGGGUGGUAGACCUAAACAACCACCCCCCCACCUUCUAUGGGGAGAAUGGACCGCAGAACAUGUUUGAGAUGACCAUGUAUGAACACCCUCCAGAGGGAGAGAUCAUCCGUGGUCUGAAGAUCACAGUCAAUGAUUCUGAUCAGGGGUCCAAUGCUAAAUUCAACCUCAGACUUGUUGGUCCUGGGCGGAUGUUACGGGUGGUUCCCCAGACUGUGCUCAAUGAGGCCCAGGUAACCAUCUUAGUGGAGGACUCUGCUGCCAUGGACUAUGAGAAAUUCCAUUUCCUCACCUUCAAGCUUCUUGCCGUGGAGAUGGACACACCAGAAAGAUUCAGCGCCACAGCGGACAUCGUCAUACAUCUUCUCGACACCAACGACAACGCUCCCAAGUUCUCUUCCGUUUACUACAUCGCCAGAAUUCCAGAAAACUCUCCCGGCAACUCCAAUGUUGUGUCUGUGACCGCAACAGAUCCAGAUUCAGGCUUUUGGGGAGAAGUCAAGUACUCAAUCUACGGCUCAGGGGCUGACUUGUUUCUGAUUCAUUCAGCAUCAGGGAUCAUCUACACCCAGCCAUGGGCCAGCCUGGACGCGGAGGUGAAGUCCAAGUAUAAUUUCUAUGUCAAAGCCGAGGACGCAGAUGGCAAGUACAGCCUGGCCGAGGUAUUUGUGACCGUACUGGACCUCAACGAUCACCCGCCAGAGUUCAAUGAGAACUUCCUGGAGAAGACCAUGAUCAUAGGAGCGCUGGUGAAGAUAGAGGCGCAAGAUGACGAUGCAGAGGGGCCCAACAAUGUCAUUGAGUACUCCAUCAUGAAGACAGACCCGGAAAACAUCUUCGACAUCAACGCAGACACGGGCGAGAUCAAGCUCAAGUCCUACAUCAAGUCUAUGGACAUCGUCCAGAACAUCACCAAACAGAAUGACUGUACCUGGUCUGUGGUGGUCCAGGCCCAAGACAGAGGAUCGCCCUCCUUCAGCACCACCACGGUGGUCAAGAUAGACAUCACAGAGGCGACUCAACUCAGGGGCCCUUUGGCAUCCUUUUUCGUGCAGAGUAGAGACAAGCCUUUGCACAUCUUAGCCAUGAUCGCUGGUGUCAUUAGUCUCAUGGUUGUGGUGACAGUCUCCAUCUCCACCAUCAUGUUCAUGCGCAACAAAAAGUCCAACAGGAUCCUGCCCCACCGCCGCAUCCGGAGGCGAAACAAACCACCCGUGACCUUCAAGUUCCCGAACCCUGGAGAGAAACUCCUAAUCCAAGAACCAGAGGUCAUGGUGGGGGACAACAUCAGCUGUAGCAACUGUAACAUAGCGAGAGGACACUCUCUGCCUCCAAACCACAACAUGAAUGUGGUGACUGGACACCAUUGGUCUCCAAACCACAAUGUGAGCAUGGUGAGUGGACGACAUUGGCCACCACCACCACCACCGCCCAAUGCCCCUGCCCUUCCCCCACUGCUCCUUGGAGGGAGGCCAGGGGACAGACAGUGGGUGGUACCGACGGUAUUGGGCACAGUAGCACAGAUCAAGCCUAAGAGGAACAGGAACAGACCAGUUGACAGUGUGAACGCAGCACUGGUGUCUGAGCUCAAAAUUAGACUGGACCAGAGGAGGUUGGCAAACUGCUUUUAG